UUCCCCAAGAUUUGUGAGAUUAAAAAUGCUUUGGGUAUGUGGAGUAGUUCUACGGAUGAAGUUGUUGUUGAAAUGGUUAAAUGUAUGAAGGCCAAAUUUGACAAGUAUUGAGGUGUUGUCUCUGAUGUGAUGGUUGUUGGUACUCUUUUAGACCCCAGGUUAAAACUUAGUUUUAUCGACAUUUACUUUCCUUACAUUUAUGGAGAAAAAUCUUCUGAGGAAAUUGUUAAGAUAAAAGAGUUUUGUCAUGAUUUGAUUAAAGAGUAUGAAAAGAAACUCAAGGGAAAGGAAGCUAUGAAUAUAUCUCCAUGCAUAAACCCUGAAGUGGAAGAAAAAAGUGUUGCUGGAAUAGUGCCUUGGCAGUCAAUAUAUAAAAGUCAUCAAGUUGCGCAAAAGGGGAGGGCCAAAGGAAAGCGUAAGUCAGAAUUAGAUAUAUAUUUAGAAGAAGCGGUUUUGCCUUUUGAAGAACCUUUUGAUAUAUUGGGUUGGUGGAAGCAAAAUGGCUUAAAAUACCCAAGUUUGCAAAUGGCAGCAAGAGAUUUCCUAGCAAUUCCUAUCUCCACUGUUGCUUCGGAGUCUACAUUUAGCACUAGUGGUAGAUUUCUCACUCCACAUCGCAGUAGAUUGCGGCCAGAUACUUUGGAAGCAAUGAUUUGUUACCAAAACUGGCUAUGGAGUAAUUUGAAAGGUUCUUCGCCAUCAAUGGAUAUGAGUAAAAUGAUGGAGUAUUCCACCACAAUAUUGGAAGAUAUGGAUGUUGACAUUGAGCCAUGUGGUGAAAGUUAAUGAAGAUUGAUCAAUAUUAGUGGAAUGAGGGAUGAUGAAGGCGCUGUCUGGUAGUGGUUGAUUUUCUUACUGCAGAAUUUUAUCCGGAGCUAUUGACCUAUUUUGGGCACAACUGAAAUUUAUUUCCUCUGGAUUACAUUGUUUAAUGGAAAUCUUAAUGUACCAGAGCGGUUUUUUGGGUAGUUGUUAUAAGUUUGUGGAUUCUUGGUAUUGUAGACAUGUUUUUAAAUUGCUGCUACCAUUUUGGUAUU